AUGAGCUGCGCGGGAAGUACGCUGACCCAGGGCAUCACCACGCAAUAUCCGCAGGACUUCGACGCCGUAGUCUUGUCUGGCACCAGCGCCAGUGCUGCCUCAGUCGCACUAACCGUCGCAGCCUUCAACUUCAUUGAGGCAAAUACAGACCCGGCACCCCAGUUCAAAAACUUGCCCGCGGGCUUCUUGACGCAGCAGUCGGCUACCGGUAUCCAGUUUGCCUUCUACAGGUACCCAAACUAUGAGGAGGAUGUGUUCAGAAAACAGGUUGCCAACAAGCAGACGAAUACGCUGGGAGUCCUGCUCACGCUGGGAGGCAUCGUUGCACCGUCAACAGAGUUCACUGGGCCAGUCCAGAUUGUCAAUGGUCAACAUGAUCUCGUCUUCUGCGGCGGCAACUGUCUCUACCCGACGGAUCAAAACGUCGUGACUAUGUCUACAUUCUAUCCAGCCGCGUCGAAAGGAAGUCAAACGUAUAUCGCGGCGGGUGCUGGGCAUGCCAUUGCCGCCCACAAGAGUGGGCCAGAUAGCUUCCAGAAGAUGAUCCAAUUCUUAAAGACAAACAACCUGUGA